GAGGGACGGUUUGAGUUCAAAAUUUGCCCAUACACUGCAGAUGACAACUUGCGCCCAUUCCAAGCUAGCCAGCUAAACUUACUAACACUGACAGCUCUCUGAACAUACGAAAACGAAUCCGGAAGAUUGUGUAAUAUAUUUAUGUUUGAUUAAACAUGUCGAAGAAAGAAAUUUACUACUCUGACAAGUACACAGAUGAAGCAUUCGAGUACAGGCAUGUUAUGCUCCCGAAACAGUUAUCCAAGCUGGUGCCCACCUCUCAUUUGAUGACAGAAGAUGAAUGGAGGGGUCUGGGGGUGCAGCAGAGCCAGGGCUGGAUCCACUACAUGAUCCACAAGCCAGAGCCGCAUAUAUUGCUUUUCCGAAGACCUCUUCCAAAGGAUUGAGUGGAAAUCAUCUUCCACAUCCCCGAAAACCACCUCAGUUGAAUUGUGUGGUCUUGGUUGACUAAACAAGAUGUACAUCUCUCCAUGUGUUUUGGUGUAUAGAAUAGACCCUUUAUUUUCAGUUUUUUUUAAACUCCCUCCUCAAAAUAUUGGAGGUAUGAUAGAGGUAGCCCAAGGAGAGAUGAAGGCAGAACGCUCAGCCCCACUAACAGAUGGUGAGCAGUUCUGCUUUGAUUGAUAAGUGGCAACAAUAUGAAGAUGGAAUUUCUCUCAUGAGACUUUACCGAGCUUGAAUAACAGUUGCUACACUUUUAUUGAUGUUUACUUGUCAAUAUAUGUUGUAUUAAUGAGCAUAGUGGUCAGAUGUAGUUUUUUUCUUUUUUUUCUUGAACGUUGAAUAUUCUAAUCAGAAAAUAACUUUGUGUUUUUCUUUUGUCUGCUUUCCUCUAUGUGUGUAUAUAUAUAUAUAUAUGUUCUUCUCAGACAGUAUACAUUUUGACUGACUAGAGUCACAUUUCUGUUCAUUCUAAAUAGCACUGUUGCUGGACAGUACGUAAAUACAAUAUAUUUCUUUA